ACCUCGCCUCUGACGCCCCAUCUCAGUGCAGCCCCUGUGUUUCCUCUUUCAAUCAGACCCUCUCUCACUUUACUUCCCCCCUCCCCAGGCGGGGUGCUCCCCUCCCCCGCUUUACUCUCCAAUCCUAAAGCCUCCAUUCCCUCUUUCCACCUUCCCUCUUGUAUUUGUAUGUUUCUUUGCUUGGCAACCACCGGCUUCCCCCAGUCAAACGGCGCAGACUGCCCAUCAUUUGAAAUUAAUUUGUUUGACUGCAGCACCGAGACAGGAAGGUUGGGAAAUUUAUUUAAUUCCUUUCCCUCCCUGUGCAAAAGGAAGCGAUGAAAUUUCCAAUCGAGACUCCAAGGAAACAGGUGAACUGGGAUCCUCAAGUGGCUGUUCCCUCAGCCAUGCCAGCUUCUGAGCCCAAGACUAACGGGCACCAUCCAGCUCCACGACUCUCUGUUUCUUCCCGGACCACUGUGGUCGCCACCAUGGAAACCACCUCCCAGGGCUUGCAGACAGUCAUGAAGUGGAAAACGGUGGUGGCCAUCUUUGUUGUGGUUGUAGCUUACCUGGUAACUGGAGGUCUUGUCUUCCGUGCCCUGGAGCAGCCUUUCGAAAGCAGCCAGAAAAAUACGAUAGCCUCAGAGAAGGCGGAUUUCCUUCGGGAGCAUAUUUGUGUGACCCCACUGGAGCUGGAGACUCUGAUUCAGCAUGCCAUUGAUGCAGAUAACGCAGGAGUCAGUCCCAUAGGAAACUCUUCUAACAACAGCAGUCACUGGGAUCUUGGAAGUGCCUUUUUCUUUGCUGGAACAGUCAUCACAACCAUAGGGUAUGGGAACAUCGCCCCAAGCACUGAAGGAGGCAAAAUUUUCUGCAUUUUGUAUGCCAUCUUUGGGAUUCCACUCUUUGGCUUCUUGCUGGCUGGAAUUGGAGAUCAACUAGGAACCAUCUUUGGGAAAAGUAUCACAAGAGUGGAGAAAGUUUUCCGAAAAAAACAAGUGAGUCAGACAAAGAUCCGGGUGAUCUCCACUAUCCUCUUCAUCCUGGCAGGGUGCAUUGUCUUUGUGACCAUCCCUGCAGUCAUUUUCAAACAGAUUGAAGGAUGGACAGCUUUGGAGUCCAUUUACUUUGUGGUCAUCACUCUGACCACAGUUGGCUUUGGGGAUUUUGUAGCAGGGGGAAAUACUGAUAUCCAUUAUCGGGAGUGGUACAAGCCCUUAGUCUGGUUUUGGAUCCUCGUCGGCCUUGCCUACUUUGCUGCUGUCCUGAGUAUGAUUGGAGACUGGCUAAGAGUUCUAUCCAAGAAGACAAAAGAAGAGGUUGGUGAAAUAAAAGCCCACGCGGCCGAAUGGAAAGCUAACGUGACUGCUGAGUUCAGGGAAACCCGGAGGCGGCUCAGCGUGGAGAUCCAUGACAAGCUUCAGAGGGCAGCCACCAUUCGGAGCAUGGAACGUAGGCGCUUAGGGCUGGACCAGAGGGCCCACUCACUGGAUAUGCUCUCUCCAGAGAAACGCUCUGUCUUCGCUGCCUUGGAGACGGGACGCUUCAAGGCCUCAUCUCAGGAAAGCAUCAACAACAGACCUAACAACCUGCGCCUUAAAGGGACAGAACAGCUCAACAAGCAUGGGCAGGGGUCAUCUGAGGACAACAUCAUCAACAAGUUUGGCUCCUCGUCCAAGCUGACCAAAAGGAAAAACAAAGACCUGAAAAAGUGCAUCCCCGAGGAUGUGCGGAAAAUUUAUGAGACCUUCCGACACCUCUCCUUGGAUGAAGAGAAGAAGGAAGAGGAGAAUGAGAAGAUGUGUAACUCAGAGAACUCUUCUAGCACAGCUAUCCUGACCAAUUGUAUUCAGCAACACUUGGACCUGGAAAAUGGAACCAUCCCCACCGAAACCAAAGAAAGGGAACAUGAAAACAAAACUUUACUUGAAGACAGAAAUUAAAUGUAAAAGAUGCUUGACUUUAAUUAACUUAUGUUAGUGUUUUUAUAUGCAUACAUAUAUAUAUAUUGAGACACGUGCCUUACACAGACUCCUUAUUCAGUCUGAAUUACAUAGCAUCGAAGAAUAUUUCACUGUGCCAUAAUGACUGAAGCUUGCUCUGCCAAAAUGAAUCAGAAACACAGCACUGGAGAAUGGCAACAGAAAGCAACACAUGGAGAACUUCAGCCUGUGUACAAUUACAGUGGCAAAAUGCAAAGGGAGAAACUUACCAUGGCAAUACAACUGGAGUGCUACCACCAUGGCAUAAUGUUUGCAAAGGACAGCUAUGUUAGAAGAACCCGUGGGAGGGUGAAGAAAGAGGCGGGAACUGUGUGUCUUUUAAAUUGAUCAUGGCUUCACUGAGCCGCCCACUGGCGAUUGAAAGAGGAGAAAUGAUUGGGAUGAACUAGCAACUUUCAAUCAGGCUGAGGUUACAUUUUGGCACGUGAUCCAAGCUAGAUUUUUUUUUUUUCAUUUUAAAAAUCAGAUGCAUUAUCUUUCUAAACUCCAAAAGCAUGUCCCUGGACUUGGAAGCCAGUUGGACAUUGGUUGUGAAAUCAAGGCAAACAUAUUGAAGGAUGUAAUUGCUUUUUUCAUUUUAAAAAAAAUACAAAAAUAUGAAAAAAAAUUUCCUUUUCCUCAGAGGAAAUAUCUGACAUAAACUCGCAAAUACUUAAUAAAAAGCAAGUUCAAACACUACAUGGUUUAAAAGGGGGGGGGGGG